CGGAAAGGAGAGGCGUAGUUUAGAGCUCGCUCAUGCAGAUCAUCUCUCUCUUCGCAUUAUUGCACUCCUGUGCUCUGGUUGCACUUAAUGCACCUUCGCUAUAACGCAGAUUACUAACGUGCUUGCAUUUGUACAACUUUACACUCUCUCUCCAAUUCUGCUAAACGAUCUGGGUUUGCCUACCUUAUAUAUGAAAAAAGGUUCUGAUAAGGAUACUUGGUAGUGUGGAGGAGCCGAGGGAUCUGGGGAUACGUGUCCACAGAUCCCUGAAAGUUGCCUCACAGGUAGAUAGGGUAGUUAAGAAAGCUUAUGGGGUGUUAGCUUUCAUAAAUCGGGGGAUAGAGUUUAAGAGACGCGAUGUAAUGAUGCAGCUCUAUAAAACUCUAGUUAGGCCACACUUGGAGUACUGUGUCCAGUUCUGGUCGCCUCAGUAUAGGAAGGAUGUGGAAGCAUUGGAAAGGGUACAGAGGAGAUUUACCAGGAUGCUGUCUGGUUUAGAGAGUAUGGAUUAUGAUCAGAGAUUAAGGGAGAUAGGGCUUUACUCUUUGGAGAGGAGGAGGAUGAGAGGAGACAUGACAGAGGUGUACAAGAUAUUAAGAGGAAUAGACAGAGUGGACAGCCAGCGCCUCUUCCCCAGGGCACCACUGCUCAGUACAAGAGGACAUGGCUUUCAGGUAAGGGGAGGGAAGUUCAAGGGGGAUAUUAGAGGAAGGUUUUUCACUCAGAGAGUGGUUGGUGCGUGGAAUGCACUGCCUGAGUCAGUGGUGGAGGCAGACACACUAGUGAAGUUUAAGAGACUACUAGACAGGUAUAUGGAGGAAUUUAAGGUGGGGGGGUUUAUAUGUGAGACAGGGUUUGAGGGUCGGCACAACAUUGUGGGCCAAAGGGCCUGUAAUGUGCUGCAUUAUUCUAUGUUCUAUAAGAUGGCGCCAGAGACCAACGCGACUCAUGGUGACAUCCUGCAGACAGUUCACAUAACUCCUACUGCUUCUUCAUUUCAAUAUACUUCUACUACUAACCUGAGUGCAACUGGAGCCUGUAAUUUACAUUUUGAUGAAGUGCUUUUGGGGCAAAUGAGCGAUCUGGCGCUUUUGCUGUCUUCGAGGGGAUUCAGCAUGGUUGAGAACAGAGCAGCUGGUCUAAUGGUGAAGCGUGAACCCACGAUCGGUUUUAUUUCUUGCAGAUCUCGCCGAUUAAAGUGUCGGGCAAGAUGGAAAUCAGUAAGGAUGAGAGCUGAAGGCAAGCAGGCAUUCAGAGUCAUCUGCCUGCAUUUGAUCGAUGUCUCUCCCUCUCGCCUGCUGCUACCAGAGGAAGAGAAUCUGUCUUGGGUCCAGCACAUAAAUGCCAUUGUGCAGCAUCUCUACUUCAUUAGAAGUUUGUGAAGAUUUGGCAUGACAUCUGAAACUUUGGCAAACUUCUAUAGAUGUG